AGACAUAUAUUCGCCUGUCCCCAUUCGGAUAUGUAUUCAUCAGUUACUGUUAACACGCGAAUAUCCCUAUUAUUCCUUUUAUUAUUCGCAGUCAGUUAUUACAGUGUAGUUAGCGCGUCGUAUGAUGCUGCUCCCCCGAGGGUAGUAACCCCUAAAGGAACUUACAUCGGCAAGCACAUCGUGUCAGGUCGUCAGAAGCGCAACGUCUUCGCAUUCACCGGCAUACCUUACGCCAAGCCGCCCCUUGGCGACCUCCGCUUUGCCUAUCCUGAGCGGCUGACGGGCAGGCUGGGGGAGCACGACGCCACCUCCCCCUCCCCCGAGUGCCUGCAGUGGGACCAUCUUAGGAUGCGCGGCGUCGUGGGUGUUGAAGACUGCCUCUACCUCGAUAUUUACACAAACUGGUACCCGGCGAUAGUUUCAAAAGUAACUCACCAGCCUAUCGUGGUUUUCGUCCAUGCCGGAUCAUGGCUGGCUGGGGGCGGGGCCCAAGACUGGUUUACAGCGGAUUACCUCAUCGAGAACGACGUCGUGGUUGUGAAUAUUAACCACAGACUUGGUGCGCUAGGUUUCCUAUCAACCGAAGACCGAGCAGCCCCCGGCAAUUACGCAAUGAGGGACGUAAUUUUGGCUUUAGAGUGGAUCAGGGAGAACGCUUGGUUCUUCGGAGGCACCAACGAUACCGUGACUGUGAUGGGGUCUGGUGCCGGAGGUACGACAACUCACCUUCUCACUCUGUCACCUCUUGCCAGAGGGGCUUCAACAAAUCACGAUGACUAUAGUCUUUUGGCGCGGGCCAUCUCGCAGAGCGGCACGGCCUACAGCCCGCACGCCAUCUCCAGGGACGCGCGGGCGCAGGCAUUUGCGCUGGCGCGAACCGUCGGCUGUCCGGCGGGACUCGAGUCCGUCCAGCUCAUCCACUGUCUCAGGAACAUGGAUGCCAACGCCAUCGUGGGACAGAUCCCUACGCUCUUUAAAUGGGACGAAGAGCCGCUGCCGUUUGGACCUGUGAUUGACACGUGGAUGAUGGAUGAAGCCUUCUUACCUGACGAGCCACACCGCCUCAUCCACAACAAUAAAUUCCUUCAGAUCCCCUGGAUGUGCGGUACUAACAGGGAUGAUGGCGCCUUCAGAGUUAGAGACAUUCUGCACGACGACGUGCUAGUACGACAGCUGAACACAGACUGGGACCGUGUAGGUCCAGUGCUGUUGCACCUCACCAAAGACUCCUGCAAAGACCCGGUUGCUGUUGCCAGACAAAUACGACAAUACUACAUCAAAGACAAGAAGUUUGGCGACGAGUCUUCUAAAGAGUUCGUGGAGAUGAUGACGGACCGCUUCUUCGUGUACCCCACGGAAAAAGCCAUGCGCGACCACUGCUCCCGCCUCCAGGGGCAGUACACGUGGUGCUACCGCUACGUCCUCGACUUCUGUGGUCGUAAAAGCUUCCUCGAUAUCCUGCAGCAGGAUACUGCCGACGCCGCAGCCAAGGAGGCAUUCGGAUUCGCAAACCCGCGUUUCCAAAACACACGGGAUGCCCACGGGUGGGGUGUGGGCUUCAUGGACGAACUCUUGUUCUUGUUCCCGUCCCCGAAGCUGAAGUUGUUCUACGCCCAGCAGCACAGCAAGGACACCUCGUCUUCAGUGUCCACAUCCAUGAUCAUGUUGUGGACAAACUUCAUCAAAGGAGGUGACCCCACGCCUCUGCUGCCGGGUUAUCCUGACGAUGUAUCCCCUUGGGGAACGUGGUGGGAACCAUAUUACGUGGGCUACGACAUUUACCUCAAAAUAGACCCGGACAUGGAGAGUAGAGACACUCCUUAUAGAGCUGAACAACGGCAGUUCUGGGACUCGCUGCCUCUCUUUGAAAACCGAGACCACAAUAUCAUUAGAGAUGAAUUGUGAGAAUUUGAUCUAUAUUAGUUCAAAUUCUUCAAUUACACAUGCUAAUUUACGCAUUUCACUGUUUCAUUCUAUAUACUAUUUCUAAAUAAUAUAUAUUUUUCAUUCAUGUAAGAAUUCC